AUGCCACCUCGUCGAGAUGACCGACAUGCGGUCAUCAACACUAUUUUCGAAGGCCCUAGUGGGGGCCAGUCUGGAAAUAAAAGAAAAGAGCUAGCUCGUGAAGCCAGGCGCGAGGUAUGCAUCAUCAGGGAGCAGAAACCGACUUGCUCCAUUAGCUUCGGCGAUGCCGAUCUGGAGGGGGUCCACUUGCCCCAUAAUGAUGCACUUGUGAUCGCCCCUCUUAUCGAUCAUGUCCUGGUCAGAAGAGUAUUGGUAGAUGGAGGCGCGUCUGAAAACAUCUUGUCCCUCACAACAUAUCUGGCCUUGGGAUGGACCAGGUCUCAGUUGAAAAAGAGUCCAACACCCUUGGUUGGAUUCUCAGGAGAAUUGGUCUCUCCAGAAGGGUGUAUCGACUUGCCGGUUAUGAUUGGGCAAGAUGAUACACAAGUAACCCAAAUGGCCGAGUUCGUUGUGAUCGGCGGAAGGUCGGCCUACAACGCCAUCUUCGGGAGACCCAUUAUCCAUUCGUUCCGGGCCGUUUGCUCAACACUUCAUCAAGUCCUGAAGUACUCAACUCCUAAUGGAGUGGGCACGGUCCGAGGAGAGCAGAAAACCUCAAGGGAGUGCUACGCCUCCGCGCUCAAAGGGUCAUCAGUAUACGCCCUGGAGGAACAAGCUAGCUGGGACGAGUUGCCGAAGCCCGAGGCCAACCUACUGAAAUCAAGUAAAAGGGAAUUCUCAGCACCAACAGAGAAGCUCGAGCUUGUUCCUUUGCUUAGCCCCAAGAGACAAGUCCAACUCUGA